AUGAUGGUGUUUCAGCUUGUUGUUGCAUUUGGGCGACAGAUGUCGCGUCCACUUGCGCGGAGGAUCAUUGAGUAUGCGAUAAAACAUCCCUAUCUGAGGAACAGAAUACUGAUUCCUGUUGGCAGAAGCCUACACGCUAUUUCAUUCCGUUUGAGAAUUAAGAGUAUAGGUCUUGCAGUACCGUCAAAAACGCCGAGCGUAACAGACCAGCAGGCUAUUGAAAUGGCCAGUGAAACGCUUGUAGAGGCACUUAUAUAUGUGACGACGGUAUUACUUAUAUACGCUAUAUAUAGAUCAAAUCCAGAAAAAGCCAAAGCCAGCGAUGUGGAGAAAUAUAUAAAAGACAACGAAAGUAAACUGCAGCGGUUUGAGGAGAAAUUGAAAGAACAAGAUGAGCUAGUUUCAAAGAUGGUCAAAAUUAUUCGUGAGAAUAAUUUGGAUGCCAAAAACGUUUUGGCUGACAAACACAAAGGGCAACUUCUGACAUAUUUGGGCGAUAAAGUGAAGACGCUAAUUCCCGGACAAGACAGAACGGCUCGCUAG